UGCAGAAGCCGACGCAGAAACAGAAACAGAGAGUCAUCAGCAGAAGUACCUUUGAGCCUAGGGAACACGGGCCAAGGCUACCGAACUUGACCAACGGAACGAAUUGGAACUUGUCAUCCAAGGAAACCCUGCAGAGUCCCUCCCUGCUCGCCUGCCCUGGCCUGGCGUAGACGGGGCUUUCAAUGUGAUGCGACCCUGGAACUGGGUGUCCUCCAUCGCUGAGACUACCCAAAAACCUGCUAGAGGCCUGCUGGGUCGUUAUGUUAUAUUGGCUCUCGCCGCCUCUUUUUCGCGUGCGUGUAUGCAAACCAGCUCUUCCUGUAUCAACCAGCCCGUUAACGUCACGAUCUGACCUGCUUUGGAUGUUGCAUCUUGCAUCAGAAUUAUUCUCACGAAAACAGCUUUAUUAUUAAUUGUUACCUGCAGCAUCUCCGACUUUGUCGCAAAUUUCUACAUUCUCGAUUGAGGAGCUGGACACACCGCGAAAUUACAGCUUUGCCGUUCCACCAGCCACCCGCAGCCCCGUCCUAGCAACGACACCGUCAAGUCAACCACCGCACGAACGCUCGCUUGACCAGGGGUCGAGAAAAUCCUCUUUCCUUGUUUCUACUCUACAUCUUCAUCUUUGAUUUAUCUGUACGAAAAUCCGACGAAACCUAUACGAUUGAACGUCCUCCCGAAUUUCCUUUGUCUGUAAUCCUGUUGCUCGGCCGACUCCAACCUCGAACUCAACCCUACUCUACUCUCCCCAAUUGUGGUUGCUUGUGGAUGCACCCUUUGAUCAAGGAGCUUCGCAUCCGCAAUCACGAUGGGGUCUACCGAAUUUGGAAAUUUUCAUGUACGCCCUCGAUUUUCUGUCCUUCAACAGAGUUCACGUUCUAAUUUAUGUGCAACAGGACUUUUGCAGAGACUCGACUCUCCCAGUCUGUAAUGUAUGUCCGACCUUCCUACCUACCUACGCCAUACAUCGUCAUGUGGAGUCGGAAACAAUGGGGACCUUACUGAUCGUCGAUAGCUUCUGUCCCAGAACCACGACCAGAAUGGCAAUUGGGGAGGCUGCGAGCUCACGGGUAUCUCCCUGAGUGGAGGGCGACAUCUUGGAAACUUGGGAUCAAUCCUCCUCGCUGGAGCUGCCAUUGUUACCGCCGUCUUUCUCCUAUUGCGAUCCGAGAAGAAGCGGGCUGCCGUUGGUCGAAGGGAGAUGCAAAUGUUUCUCAUCGGCUACAUCAUCAUCAGUAUAUGCGAGAUCUUUUCAGUAGGAGAGUUUCCACUGAAUAGCACCGUGAGAAUUGCUUUCUCUGCUAUCCAUAUCGGCAUGAUCAUUGCCACAUGUUGGAUUCUAAUGCUUAACGCCGUUGUUGGCUAUCAGAUCAUCGACGAUGGAACGCCACUCUCGAUGGCCCUAAUUGCCAUUUCGGCUCUUCUGUUGCUUAUUGGAACUGGCUACAUCGCCCUCGACACCGGCUUCUCGUGGACUGGCUACUGGGACGAUAGCUACGAGGCCCCCAGGAACCGAAACAUCGCCCUCUACGUCCUUUACCAACUUGUCCCUCUAAUCCUCCUCGUCGCCUUCCUUGUUCUUGAGGCUAUCCUUGUAAUUCGAAUUCUGGGCGAGACGCGUCCUAUGAUUUAUCUUGCCGCCGCAGCCCUUCUUUUUGCCAUCGGUCAGGUCUUCAACUACGCGAUCAGCAAGUAUAUCUGCGACGGCACGAGUGGAAAGAUCGAUGGCGCCCUUUUCCAGACGCUCUUCACCCUGUUAUCUGUUAUCAUGGUUUGGGUUUUCUGGUCCAGUAUUACUGAGGACGACUGGCCCAUGCCUGUAACCAACACCUACCCCUGAUGCGGCGCAUGGGCAUUUUGGCGGUAUUGUUCUUGGGACGGCGUUCAGUGGCGUAUCUUUUUUUUUUCUUUUUUUCGGUUUCGAUAUCCCUCAUUACACUCGGCGGCCGAGCUCACGGUCGAACGACGUACACACGUUGACGAAUACGAUUUUUUCUGGAGUAAAACGAAGUUGAUUUUCAUUUGAGUUGUAGGGCCAUUUAUGCGACGCAACUUGAUAGACCGAUGGUUGGGUAUUUGCAUCAAGAAGAGUUAUCUGCGACUCAUGGUGAUAUAUGAAAGGAGGAUCGCGUCGCAGUUUUGCCAAUGGGCCUGGAUUUAAGAACAGUUGUUGGGUUGUUUGGUUCUACAUGCUGUCGUAGAAUGACCUGUUACGCGCCAGCUUGUAUAUAGUAUUUAUUAGUUUUCGACUUCGAAGUUAUACCCUGAUGAGCGACUAAUGCGUAAGAAAUCGAAGUUAAAUUAAAUUGGAUGAACUGUUAACAUUAUCCCAA